AUGACGACGAGGGAUGAACGAUCGAGGGAGGAUUCGAGCGAGGCGUCGACGGCGACGACGGCGACGAACGUGGACGACGCGCGCGCGAGAGAGGAGACGGAGGCGCGACGGCGGCGACAGCGCGAACAUAGGAAGCGGAAUCGAGCGCGGAAUAAGCUGGCGAUGCGACGGGAGGUGGAGGGAUUGGCGCGCGCGUUCUUGGCGCGCGCGGGGACGGAGACGGCGACGAAGACGAAGGCGGAGGCGGUGGAUUGGACGCGCGUGCCGAGCGAGGCGGAUCCGCUCGAUAAGAACGCGAAGGGUGGGGAGGCCAGAGGGUUGAGAAAACGGAAUCAGGUGGCGACGUUCGCGACGCACCUGCGAUCGUUGGUGGCGAGCGGGAGAGACGUGCGAACAGUCGUGGAUUUUGGAUGCGGCACGGGAAGCGUCGUGAUGGCGUGCGCGGCGCUCUUUCCCCAACUUAAAUUCGUUGGCAUCGAUUUGAAUCCUGUGAGUAUCGAUAUUUUGAAUCGACGCAUAGCGGAGAGUGGGAUGACGAACGUCUCGGCGCGCGUCGGUCUCAUCGAAGAGAGCGAGACGACGCUCGACGACGCCGACGUGGCGCUCGCGCUUCACGUGUGCGGCGAAGCGACCGAUUUUGUGAUGGAUCAAGCCAUAGAGCGUCGGAUUCCAUUCAUAAUCGCGCCAUGCUGCGUGGGGAAGGUGCAGAAGGGCGGCAUGCGAAGCUUGAAUCGCAUGAGAAACGAUUUGAUCUCCAUCGAGAAACCAAACUCAAUCGAGCGUCCGAGAUCGAGACUCAUGCGAGCCGCUGGUUUUGAUUUUGAAUCGUACAUGAACGCCGCGGCUCUGGCGGAUUGGAGUGGACACCAAGGUGUCGAUCCCACCGAUGCAAACGAACCACUCGCUCGUCUGCCGCGUUUGGCGAAGACAGCGAUUGAAACUGAUCGAGGCGCGUUUGCGCGCGAAAACAACUACGAAGUUUCCAUUUUUAAAAUGCCCGCACAGAGCGGCAUACGGGACGACGUCAUCGUCGGUGUCCCACAUCAUAGCUGA